GGGCAGCUCUUAAUAAAUCUACUCUUCUAAGCCCGGUAUUGACACCGCCCUCAUUCUCAAGCUCAGCACCGACACAUAAUUGUCAUGCCGAGCACGGGCCAAAUACCGUUACUCUCAGUGCUCCAGCCUCCGAACGAGGACACGCACAACAACCACCACCACCCGGCCAGAGACCAAUACCGCGUCGUUGUUCUCGGAGCAGCUCGAGUGGGGAAGACGGCCAUCGUGCACCAGUUCCUGUACGACGAGUUCCCCGUUGACUACGUAGCUACAGUUGAAGAGUUCCACACGGGAGAAUACGAAAUUAACGGGGCCUCUCUCACUCUGGAUAUCGUGGACACCAGUGGCAGCUACCCGUUUCCAGCCAUGAGGAGGCUGGCCAUCACCACGGCCGACGCGUUCGUGCUCGUCUACGCCAUCGACGACCCGGAGUCGUUCGAAGAGGCACGCCGCAUCCACGACCAGAUCGUCGAGCUGCACUCGGCCAAGGCUCCCGUGGUCGUGGUGGGCAACAAGUGUGACCUGCCCGCAGCGAUGCGCCGUGUCAGAAGAGAAGUUGCCGAGACCAUCAUCUCCAUCGACUGGGAGAACGGUUUCGUAGAAUCUUCAGCCAAAGACAACAUCAACGUGUUUGCCGUCUUUAAAGAACUCCUGGUCCAGGCCAAGAUCCCGUACGACCUGAACCCUACCGUGGUGAACAAGAGGCGUCGCUCGCUGCCCGUCUACCCGACAAGCCCGAGCAUCAAGGACAAGACGCUGCUCAAGAGAAACAGCUGCGCGGUUUCAUAGCUGCAUGAAAAGUGUCGCUAGUGUCUUAUUCUCAUGAACUCGUAUUCCUGCCUCG